UUUGGUCUCAGCCCGACGCUUUGGGUGAACGCGCCCCAGAAUAGCCUUGCGCGAUGUCUGUUUUACUCAGUUUGACGAAAUUCUUAUUAAUUGCUUCCACUGCAACUAUAUUAUCACUAUGUUACCUUUACAUGGAAACUGGGAAAUGCACAUCACCACCGCUUCAGAGGGCCUACAACCCCAUGCCUAAUGUCACUCGACAGCCAACAUCAUGUAGCUGUCCCAGGUCCAUGAUAGAUUUAACAAAAUACGUGAACAAGGACAAAUUCAGCGACAUUGUUAAACGCAGAGCUGAAGUUUUUGAACAGGAUCAGAUCAGAAAAAAGACGAUACUAAAUGAGCUUCUGUUAGCUCCACCUCAUUCCCCUCUACAAUAUCCAAUCCAAGGAUUCAUUGUCAGUCCUCUCAAAAAGGGCAUCAUUCCAGGUUUAAGUGUACAUACUGUACAAAAACAAAGUUACAAGGUGACACUGAGCGUAAGCAGUGGUGUUCUGGCAGUGGAACGUCUUCAGGAAAAGGACCAAGUGGAGGGACAGGGUGAGAAGGUUCUCUCCAUUUCUGCCUCCAGCCUGUACUCUCUCAAUGACCUGCUGGGUCGGGUCUCCUACAGAAGCACUGUGUACAGCAUCAAGUCUGGAGACCUGGUACACUUCACCUUUGAGCAGUACAAGGCCAUCUUCCCCGUUGUGAUCCGACAGCGUACAGUGCCAGUUCUAUACGAACUUGGAGAGGAUAUCAAAUCCCAAGUAACGGUGACGACUAAGACUUUCCUGAGGUACCCUGAAGUGAACUAUCUCGUCAAAACGAUUAGACAGUUUUACGAAGACAUCAAAAUCAUCAUUGCGGAUGACAGCCUAAAACCACAGAAAGUGAAUGGAGAUAACAUUGAGCAGUACUUCAUGCCACCUGCCCAGGGCUGGUUUGCUGGCAGGAACCUUGCCGUCUCGCAGGUCACCACCAAGUACUUUCUGUGGGUGGAUGAUGACUUCUACUUCACAGAGAGAACAAAGAUAGAGAGAUUUGUAGAAAUAAUGGAGUCUAAGCCUGAACUGGAUGUGGUCGCAGGGUCGGUGGGCGAAUACGCGAAUUCCUUCACGCUUAUCUACGACGAAGGAGACGAGGACGGUGGCUGUUUGACCCGAGUAAAAGGCACCUACCAGCCCAUUCCCGAGAUCCCAAACUGCUACUACGCCUCGGGGGUGAUCAACUUCUUCCUGGCCCGGACCGACGCCGUACGCAGGGUGGGCUUCGACCCACUGCUGAAGAGAGUGGGCCACUCAGAGAUGUUCAUGGACGGGCUGGGAGAGCUGCUGGUGGCCAUAUGUCCCGAGGUCGGUCUUAACCACCAGCGCCGAAAGGCGAAUCCUCAGUACAAAAAAUUCCGGAAGCCGGCCAAGAGCGACACCGACAACAAACUCUACCUCCACUUUUUCAAGAACCGUCUGAAGUGUAUGAAGUGGUGAAAACUUGGGUCAAAGGUGUAGAUAUUUGUACUGUGCUAUUAUUGCGUAGGUACUCACGCAUAAUUAAAUAUGAGCGCUGGGCGACGUUUUGUGAUGUGACAUUUUGGCCCGCAGUUACUAUGCUAACUUGGCGGUGCAUUUGUGUGCAACCAGGCAGCACAGCUCUUUGCUGCUUCUCAAAAUGCUGCGUGUUUGACAUCACACCACAAGAGCGUGUCUUUUUCGGGUUUAGCAGAGAAACUACAGCUCUGACAUGAUGUCUCACAGGUUACCUCCAUCCCCCACUAGAGCUGGAAAGUCCAGGGGUCAGAAAGUAAAAGUCCAGCCUUGUGUUUCAUAUACGCACAAACUCAGCCAGCUGAUUUAACUAAUUGGUUCUACCUUAUGCUAAUUGGCAAAUUCAGGUGAUUGAAACAAAAUACUUUCUGAACCUGGAUUGUCCAUCUCCGUGCCCCACAAAGCCAAUGGAUACCUUGUGCUGCAGUUGAACAUCAGAAUCGUAACAGUUAAUUGAAGCAAUUUGAAUAUUUAAGAGAAAGGAAAAUACCUAUGCUAGAAAAUACUGCUUCCAUAGUAGUGUGUCAGUGAAUGCAACUUUUCUGUCCUAGAAGCACAGUUUAUGUAGUACAGACAUAGCAUAUUAUUGUGCUAGCUGUGCUCGCUAACGGACCCUGUCAGGCUGCUUCCGCUGGCCCCCUCGUUGAUGAUGUUAGCUGAGUUCUUGGCAAAAAACUGCUGGGUUUAAAUCUUUAAAACUUGGUCCAACAAUCAUUCUAGCUCACAUUAGCUACAGGUUCUCUGGCUAGUUGGAUAGUUAGCUAAUUGUCUCAGUCAGGUUGCUAACCUUUUCUGGUUGGCUGGCUAGCUACAGUAACUGCCUAGUGUCAAAAAGUUUAUUCAACAUCCUGAAUGUAAGUGUCGAAAAAGCCUCAAGCAUUUGGAUAUGUGUAUUGCUGAGGUCAUGUGGUAUUGUCACUUUGAUGAAGUUGCUGGCAGAUUUUGUUUGCAGUUUCUACUUGCCAUUGAGCGCCAACACCAUUAUUAUCCUGUCCAGUCAUAUUUUACCUUUUUAAAUUGUAAUUAUAAAUUUUAAUAUUAUUAUUCAUUAAAAUAAUAUAGAUUUAGCCAUUACCCCAGAUUUAAUUAAAUUAAGCCAAUAAUCCUUUGGCUUUGGGAAGCAUAAAGAAGACCUGUCCGUCACAGUGGCCUGUCUGUGGUUGUUUUUAUUUUUAUUUUAUUCUCUCACUGGUGAUUGUGCAGUCUGUUUUGCAGAAUAUUUUGUGAUUGGGAUUAACGAUUCUUGUUUUUGUCUUGUGGUUUUUUCACAUGCAAAUGUUAUAUUACUGCACUCAGUUUGGGGGAUUGUUUGGAACGUAUGAUUUUUGUGUCUUAGGAGAUUUUAUUUGUACUA